AUGGUUAAUAUGGAUAUCGAGGCAAUAGCUCGGGUUGAAGCUGCAACAAAAGUAAUCAAUGUUACAAAACAUAAAGGAUACGAUGAUAUCGUCAUUUCAGAAAGCAGAUCGUUGAGUGGCAGUAAGAUAGAAAAGUCACAACAACUAAAGGAAAAAAAGCCAAAACAGUGGAAAGAAAAAGUAGAAACAGCAAAGGAACUUCCCACAACGGAAGUAAACAAAAGAAGUGCAGGUUAA